AUGGACGGAGCUCCUAGAGGUCGUGGCGCGAGAGGGCGCGGUGCUAGAGGCCGUGGUGGCAGAGUGGGCCGUGGUGGUAGAGCUGGAGGCCGAGCAGGCCGAGGUCGUGGUCGUGGACUUCCGGAGGAGUCGGGAGAGAGUGUGGCACCGAGUGUGCAUACUGCGUCGGUGACCCAGUCAGUUCCGUUGGCGGGUGAUGCCAGUACAAGUGUUGGUUUGGGAGCGGGGGCUGCUCCGGGUGGGGGUGGCGCUCCGGCUCCGGGUCGUGAUGAUUUUGCUGACGCAGCUAUUGGCUCGUUUUCCGCCGGUGGUUCCACAGGGGGCUCCAGGAGUACCGCCAGUGGCAGAGGUGCAGCAUGUUGCUGCAGACGUUGCGCAGCCGGAUGCUGUGAGAGCGGGUGUGACCCGUUAUUUGGAGUUUAUGGGCCACAUGCAGAGGAUUGUUGUCCUAUGGAGUACUGGGUGGAGUUAGCGGUCCACUAUUUGAGUGGCGAUGCUCAUUUGUGGUGGCAGGCCGCGGUGGGCCGGAGGGCAUUUUGGACUUGGGGCGACUUCCUUGUGGAGUUCAACGCCAAGUAUUUCCCGAGGCAGGCUCGUGAUUGUCUUCAGAUGCGGUUUAUAGACAUUGAGCAGGGUUCGCGCUCUGUGCGCGAGUAUGAUGCGGAGUUCAGUCGUUUGUUGGUGCAUGCAGGCUUUGGCAUGGAGGCCGAGCAUCAGUUGACGAACAGGUUUUUGGAGGGACUUCGCAAGUAUAUCCAGACUCUAUGCAGGAGUAAUACGCACACUUCGAGGGCGAGCCUGGUAGACUUGGCCGCGUCGGUGGAGGCGGAUCUUGGUGGGCCAGUUGUUCCGGUGGCUGUGCCGGGCGGUUUGCCUGCGCAGGGUCAGAAGAGGAGUAGAGAGGAGUUUUCUGGUGCUAGUCAGUUUCCUCGUGGUUCGUGGUUUGGGUGUGGGAGCACGGAGCAGCGUGUUUCGAGUUGUCCCAAGAGGGAGUCAGCACCGAGGGUGUGCUACUACUGCAAGGAGCCUGGGCAUAUCAAGCCAAUGUGUCCUAAGUUGCAGAGUAUGUCGGUGGCUUCGGUUCUGGCAGUAGCGGCUCAGUCAGUGAGUCAGAUCGCAGCAGUGCAGCCGUUGGGUCAGAUUGCACCGGCGCCGCGGGGUUACUCUUCAGUGGAGACUGGCGGGACUAGUCAGACCGUGCAGAUCACAAGGACCUUGUUAGUGGGCGGUUUUGAGUCCCACGUUUUAUUCGACUCUGGAGCAUCGAAUUGCUUCAUUACACCGGAGCGUGCCGAGAAGAGUGGCAUCCGGAGUAGCGCGGGCGAGAGCGCGGGCAUGGUCAAGGUGGCGGGAGGUGGAUUCUUGUCUACUUUGGGCCGUGCUAGAGGAGUCGAGAUCGAGAUUGCGGGGCAGUCAAUGCCAGCAGACUUAGUCAUCAGUCCGGUGGAGCUGUAUGACGUUAUUCUCGGGAUGGACUGGUUGUCACACUACAGAGUUCAUCUGGAUUGCUACAGAGGUAGAGUGUCUUCGAGCGAGAUGCAGGGAGGUUGGUUUAUCAGGGAGUGA